UAAUUAAAGCCUGUUAGAAAAGCAGUACAGUAUUUAGGUCAGCUUUUCUUUACUGUCCUUUUGUGCUUGUGCCUCCUGUUCCUGGCAUUUCCCAGUUGCUGCAGGUUCUCUUCUCAGACUUGCAGCCCGUCAGUUUUUGUUGUGAUGCUGGAUGUUCUGCUGCUGUCCUGUUCUGCUUUAAACUGCCUGACCCAUUUUCUGUACUGCCAUCCUGUACCACUAGUAAAGACAAAAGGCUGGCAAAAUUCAAGUAGUGCCUGUCAGAGAUGAAUGUAACUAGACUGGUUUUAACUGGUCGAGCGUAGAGUGGGCAGUCUGAAUUAUCCUUUGAUUGGAGUGAUCUGUAGUUUGGUGUCUAGUUUGCGAGCCUGGUGAAAGUGCGGAGAGCGUAACUGCGGAGCAGAAGAGAGGGUUGGCCCCAAGAAACUUUCUUCAGGUUCUCAGAUCACUCGCUGCUAUUUCCAGAUGUAUAUGAAUGUUUGGCGUGGAACUCUGGCUUGGAGUAGGUUCUCUUUUGUAGGAGAGGGGAAGGAUAAACUAUGGGGAAGUUCUUUCUGGAGUUGUGGUCAUAACAAGUAAGGACACAGUCCAGCACCAAGGAAUCUCUUUAACAAUGGAAGGAUCGGUAAAUCUGCAGCUUAGUUCCAAAAGUGUGGGUGUGUUCGAAGCUUUCUAUAAUUCUGUCAAGCCUAUUCAGAUUAUUAACAGCACUAUUGAAAUGGUAAAACCAGGGAAACUUCCCAGCGGAAAGACAGAAAUUCCAUUUGAAUUUCCGUUGCAAAUGAAGGGGAACAAAGUUUUGUAUGAAACAUAUCAUGGUGUCUUUGUUAAUAUUCAGUAUACACUACGGUGUGAUAUGCGACGUUCUCUGCUGGCAAAAGACCUAACUAAGACUUGUGAAUUCAUUGUCCACUCACUGGCACAGAAAGGGAAGCUGAUGCCAAGCCCAGUAGACUUCACAAUUACUCCUGAAACUCUGCAAAAUGUUAAAGAGAGAGCCUCGCUUCCAAAAUUUCUCAUCAGAGGUCAUCUCAGUUCUACAAACUGUGUCAUUACACAGCCACUAACGGGGGAGCUGGUAGUGGAGAAUGCAGAGGCUGCAGUCAAAAGCAUCGAGCUGCAGUUAGUACGUGUGGAAACCUGUGGCUGCGCAGAAGGGUAUGCGAGAGAUGCCACAGAGAUACAGAAUAUUCAGAUUGCUGAUGGGGAUGUCUGCAGGGGCCUACCAAUUCCCAUAUACAUGGUGUUUCCCAGGCUGUUCACCUGCCCCACCCUGGAAACAACAAACUUCAAAGUUGAGUUUGAAGUUAACAUUGUUGUCCUUCUGCAUGAUGAUCAUCUCAUCACAGAGAACUUCCCACUGAAGCUCUGCAGGAUGUAAAUAGCCAGAGAAGAAUCACUUAAGGAUAGACUGAAACAGGACAAAAUUCUUCAGAGGCAAAGUGAAAUUGAAUACGUGUCUCAUUUUGACUGAGAACACAUCACUUCCUUUUUCCUGCUGGCAGUUCUCGUGCUUUCAGUUCUCAAUAACUCCUGCUAACACUUUGCCUGCCUCAGGACAGCCAGCGCGGACACAUCUAUCCAGCCAGCCUCGUCAGGUAUCUGACUUCAGCCACCAUGGUUUCCCCAGUUUUCCUCAGACAAAUUGUGAAGCGAUGAUUGUUUAUUUCUACCAGCUGUAGAAAUAUGUAGUAUUUGGUUUUGUAAUACUUGUUCCAAAGUCCUUUGAAGACCUCUUAAACCUAGUAAGUCCUGUUAGACAUUGUGUAUAUACUAUGGGGACGGUGUAUCAUACUGAAUAAUGCCUUUGAAGGUAUAAAAAAUGGUGCUACAACAAUGCAAGGUGGUGGUGUGGGAGAAAUAUCACAAAAUGAAUGCAAGAUAAGUGAAGUGAAAUGUAUAAUAACACCAAAUAUAUGUUGGUCAAAUUGGGAAUAUGAGUCUGUAUUGGAGGAAUGCUGAGAGUUGAAGUUGUUUUGUUUGUGGUUUUUUCGGAUUAGAAAACAAUGCCCUUACUUUAUCUUUGCUAUCUGUGUAAAAUGGCACUGAAAAAGAUGAGUUGAAAGUUUUUACCUUGAGUAUGUAUGUUUUCUUUGCAUUAUACCAUCUUCCAUUCCAUAAGAUGCCUACAGGUCAGUUUUCAUGUGAGAAGAAAGUCUGCCACAUGACAAGCAUGCACUAAGAACUUCUGAGUUGUGGCACCUUGUGCCUUCAGGAUGGGACUUGUCACUAUAUGAAUAAACAUUCCAAGGGGGACAGGCAAGUCACUGUUCUCAAUGAGGUGGGUUAAUAUUGGCACUUGUUCAACUUAAAGGAUAAAUGUAAAUGCCAGGAAAGGAAUAAGUUAAGGUAAAUACAGGGAUGUUUGUGUGACUGUACAUCUUAAAGGAACUAUAUGGGAAAACUAUUUCAGCAAGAAACAGCCUUCCUAACACAAACAGGUUGGAUUUUGAUGUUUUAAGUUAAUAGAACAGCCAGAAUCUCAUUCGAAUUGUGAAUUUUCCAUAUGAUGUGUGGGAUGAAGGCAGGCCCAUUAUAUAAAGUAAAAGUGUAAAGAUGACAACCAGAAAAGACAGAAUUAAGAAAACUGCCAAAAUGUAAUUUCCUUUUGCUUUCUCCAGCAGCAUUGCCAAGCGGGAAAAUGUAAUCCCAGGUUUGGCCCUCGUUCUGUAUCAUCUGUAUUUCAGGAAUAAACAUUGUAUUUCUUC